AUGGCGCUCCAGGUCACCAGGAACAUGAAAAUUAGCUCCAAGAAUAAGAUGAAAGCCAUGGCCUCCAAGCCCGGGCUUAGACCCAGGACAGCUCUCAGAGACACUGGGAACAAAGUCAGCGAACAGGCCAGAGUGCCUCUGAAAAAGGAAGCAAAAACAUCAGCAACUGGGAACGUUGCUGCUAGAAAACUGCUAAAACCUCUGGAAAAUGCACCUGACUGUGAGCCGGAGCCUAAACUUGAGCCUGAGUCGGAACCUGUGAAGGAUGAAAAACUUUCACCAGGACCUAUUUUGGUUGACACUCCAUCUCCAAGCCCCAUGGAGACAUCUGGGUGUGCCCCUGCCAAGGAGUACCUGUGUCAAGCUGUCUCUGACGUGAUUCUCGCAGUGAGUGACGUGGACGCAGAAGACAGAGCGGACCCAAACCUCUGUAGUGAGUAUGUGAAGGACAUCUACGCCUACCUGAGGCAGCUGGAGGAAGAGCAGUCGGUUCGACCAGAAUACCUCCUGGGUCGAGAAGUCACCCGGAGCACAGCCAUUCUGAUCAACUGGCUGGUGCAGAUCCAGAUGAAGUUCCAACUGCUGCUGGAGACCAUGUACAUGACCGUGUCCAUCACUGACCACUUCAUGCAGAACAGUUGUGUGCCCAAGAAGAGGCUGCAGUUGGUCAGAGUCACGGCUGUGUUCAUUGCAAGCAAAUACAAAGAGAUGUACCCACCAGAGAUCAGUGACUUUGCCUUCGUGACCAGCAACACUUACACUAAGCACCAAAUCAAACAGAUGCAAAUGAAGAUUCUAAGAGCCCUGAACUUUGGUCUGGGCCGUCCUCUGCCCCUGCACUUCCUUCGCAGAGCAUCGAAAAUUGGAGAGGUCGAUGUUGAGCAACACACUUUGGCUGUGCUGGACUAAGACAUGGUGCACUUUACUCCUUCUCGAAUUGUGGUGGGAGCUUUCCCUUGCCUGGCCCUGAAAAUUCUUGACAAUGUUGACUGGACACUGACUUUGCAGCAUCACCUGUCCUAUACUGAGGAGUCUCUUCUCCCUGUUAUGCAGCACCUGGCCAAGGACAUCGUCAUGGUAAACAACGAACUAACAAAGCACAUGACAAUCAAGAAAUACUCCAAGUCCAGACUCGCCAGGAUCAGCACUUUAACCCAGCUGAAUUCUACCCUUGUCCAGGACCUGGCCAGGGCUGUGGCAAAGGUGUAA